ACAAGUUGGGUGUUCCAACAAAAUGAAAAGAAAAUCUGUCUUCCAGUUUUCCUGGCAAUAGUUUCUCUUGGUGUGGCAAUAGCCCUGUCUUCCUUCUCUCUCUCUCCCCCUCUCUCUCUCACACACACACACACACACACACACACACACACACAGAGACUGAGAGAGACUCCUCCUUUUUGAGCAGUGAUCACAGAGAACGCAUGACUAAAGUGGGUAGGGCUCAGAACUCCGAAAGAAUAGAAAUUGCAAAAAGCAAAAGCAAUCCCUACUCCGUACUCACUAGCAAUCACACAGAAUAAUUCAACUGUACAUUCUGUCAACUGCCCUAUAUAAACCCUUUUAGCUGCUAUCUUUGAACAGAGAAGUUCUCAAUAUUCAAAAAGGACUUCGACCUGUCGUGUCAUUUCCAACUAUUUUUUCUCAAUUCUAUCUGUACCAUUUUUUCCCAUUACUCUAUGGUAUUGGAGCAACACAAGAAUAUUGCAAGAUACAUUGAACUCAAACCGAGAUCCGAAUUGAUCGAAUCCGUACGCUACUUUUUUGGGAGCAGUCUAAUAGAGAGAAAUACUUGUGAUGAUAUACGGUGGUAGGAAAUGGAAAGGGUUCCUGAAACGAAACCACUUCCCAGCCAAUUACCCACAGCAGCUAAGGUUACAAGUACUCAGACCACUUUGUUAAAAGAGGAGAUUAAGAACCCACCAAAAGUACGUGGCUAUAAGGAGUUGGAUUCACUCACCCCUGCAGGAGCAUGGAAAGGAAAAGUCUCUUUGCAGGAUAAAGGAAAAAUCAUCUCUGAUAUUGCUCCGUUUGAACUCAAUGAUGAUGCAUUUGAAGAAAUUGGCUCUACUCCAUUCCAUGGGGUGAGUCACCCCCCUGCAGGAGCAUGGAAAGGAAAUGUCGCUUUGCAGGAUAAAGAAAAAAUCAUCUCUGAUAUUGCUCCAUUUGAACUCAGUGGUGAUGCAUUUGAAGAAAUUGGCUCUACUUCAUUCCAUGGGGUGAGUCAUCCCCCUGAACCUGUUGAUAUGGACCUGAUGAGACCAGUCUAUGUGCCACUUGGACAGAGCAAGAGUGAUGGAAAAUGUUUGGUUGCAAGUCUUUCCAUGAAGGUUCCUUUCACGAAAGAUCUUUCAAACCAAGUUCCAAGUAUUGAACCAAACCCAUCAUUAUUUUCAUCUGCGGAGAGCUUAGUUGAAGAGCCUAAUAAUUUAGGGCCAGUCUCCUCUCCAUUUUUAGUUCCUCGUCCAUCAGAAAAUACAGAUUCAAGUCUUCUUGCAGAUUCUGAGGACAAAGAAUGUGUAUGGGAUGCUUCGUUACCUCCAAGCGGCAAUGUUAGUCCACACAGUAGCAUUGAUAGCACCGGUGUUGUUACAGCUAUGAGCAUUGUUAAUAGCUGCACGAGCACAUACAGGAGUGAUGGGUUAAUGAGUGAUGGCAUGCUUAGCGUGGAUAGAAACUAUGCUAGUACGAAAGGGAGCAUUCUAGGGGAUUCUCUUGAGAGUACUAAAAGUAGCAUUAGUAGAGCAAGCGAUAGCAGUGUCCUUAGUGAUGACAGUAACUGGAGUAAUAUUACUGGCAGUGCAAAUAAGCCUCACAAAGGAAAUGAUCCCAGAUGGAAGGCUAUACUUGCUAUUCGAUUGCGUGACGGUAUAUUAGGCAUGAACCAUUUCAGGUUACUUAAAAGACUUGGUUGUGGAGACAUUGGAAGUGUGUAUCUGUCUGAGCUGAGUGGGACUCGGUGUUUCUUUGCUAUGAAGGUGAUGGAUAAGGCAUCCCUUGCUAGCCGGAAUAAGUUGACUAGGGCUCAGACGGAAAGAGACAUCCUGCAGCUGCUGGAUCAUCCAUUCUUACCGACUUUGUACACUCAUUUUGAGACAGACAGAUUCUCGUGCUUGGUCAUGGAAUAUUGCCCAGGAGGCGAUCUGCAUACCAUGAGGCAGCGUCAACCAGGGAAACAUUUUUCAGAGUAUGCAGCACGGUAUGCACUUGUUCAUCACUCUCUUUGAUGUCUCGAGCAUGUAUUAGUCUUAUAUUUGACCAGUAGAUCUUUGCUUUUAAUUAAUUUUGUCUUUUCCUGGGAUUAAGUCGUUAUUGUGUGCACAUCUCUUGCAAUCUUCUUUUACCAUGUCACAUGCGCUUUCAGACUUGCUAUCAUAUAUGAAUUGAUUUCUUUUACAAAGCACAUUUACAUUACCUAUAUGGAUGAAAAAUGACAGGCAACUUUCUUGUGUUUCUUAUUUGUCCCACCAGACUUUUAUUAUGCACGUAGUUGAAUUAGGUUGUACAUAAGGAUUUAUUCUGGAUCGUGUAAUGAGGUAGCGCUGUCAUUAAGUCACUAUCAGUAUGAUAGAAUCCUUUAGUUCAUUGUCUGUCCUGGACAACUCGGAAUCUGGUGAUAUGAUAGAGGUUAUCACUGAGUAUUGUCUCUUGCUAGACAGUAAGAUGAGUUGGUCAGAGACCAACAACCUAAUUUCUUUCAUUUCCUAGGCCUGGCGGUUCACUAAUGUAACUCUUUGUUAGCAUGCUCUAGAUGUUACUCCCUUGAUGGGUCAUAUUAAUAUGCUUAAUGAAGCUCUAUCUUUUUAUUCAACUAAAGAUAUUUCAGAACUAAGAUUCUUUUAGUUGAGUAGGUAUCAUUUCUAAUUACAAGAGAAAAUAUAGAUUCUUCUGCUGAUUGUUUGAUUUUAUGAUAUAAUACAUGGGUAUUUAUGCAUGCGGUGUUUCUAUGUACUUCAUUUAUGACUGCAUUAAUGAGGAUAUUAUCCCGAGUCCCGAUCACAUCUGGCAUUGCACAGAGGAUUUUCGUUCUUUAAAUUUAAAAUGAUUUAGAGGUGACAGUUAGUCCAUUUUUAUCUCAUAUAACUAUCGUUAGUUCAUUAUGUACUAAGUUUCAUGUGUAUAUGUAUCCACUAGAUUGAUUCUUUGCUAAAGGAUACACAUCUUAUCGUAGGUAUCUAUUGUUCCCAUUUUUAUAUUUUGAUUAUCUUCAU